AUGGCCACUAACUACAGUGCCAACCAGUACGAAAGCGCUUUCUCGCCCAAGUACCUGCAGAACUGGUGUCCCGCCAAGCCAACCAAAGAGGGCACUUCUUCCCACGAAGGCUACACUCAGAUUAUCGCCAACGACCGUGGUCACCUGCUGCCUUCAGUGCCCCGUUCCAAGGCAAGUCCAUGGGGUUCCUUCAUGGGCACGUGGCAGAUGCCUCUGAAGGUGCCUCCUGCUCGGGUGACCCUGACCUCCCGCACAGCUGCUGGUGCUGCCUCCCUCACCGAAUGGAUACAGAAAAAUCCAGAUCUGCUCAAGGCCUCCAAUGGCCUGCGUCCAGAAAUCGCAGGCAAGCCCCGUGAGGCAGAGGCAGACAGUCAGAAGCAACCCGGGACGCCUACACAGCAAGCACCAAGUGCAGCCGUAAUUCAGUGCUCCCCAACGUCAAGUCUCCCUGUCCCAGAUCAACUCCAAAGCCCACACCCCUCUGCGGGUCACACUCCAGGUCCCCAAAGCCGAGCCAGCUCUCCCAAGGGCCCCUGGAAGCCCAUGCACGCUAGGAGACUGGGCAGGUCCUAAUCAGGCCGAGGUCAGGAAAUGCAAACCUGGACCCCAGGGGACCACAGGAGCACAUGAGACCCCCAUCUAGAGGCUGAGUCGAGUACACAAGACCCCCUCAGGGAAAUUAUGGGGUGAGAACGAAGGCAAAUUGGGAAAAUAAACAUCAUUUGUUGAAUCUUUUACUGAUUUGGACUUUUUCCCUCCUGCUGUGGCUGCCUCUUGUAACCUAUAACCAGGAGGAGGGGGGUUGGGGAAGCAGAGAGAAUAGGACAGCGGCUGGGGGUGGGGGGGGCAUGACGGACACAUCUUUACAAGGGUUCGGUUUUACUCCAGGAAUGACCAAGAGGAAGAUGGUCUGAAUCACAGCAAAAACCUCACUCCUCCCCCCUCACUGUUCUCACCCCACCCCCGCCUUGAGCAUGCACAACUACAAGUUCAAGGUCAGAAGCAGUCCUUUAGUAGAGCAUGUGUAUGUGUCUUUGGAGAAAGUGGGGGAAAAAAGCUAUGGGAAACAGAGCAGAAGCCACCACCCUUGUCUAAGACGUCAUAUCUGAUGACAGACAGGGAAAAAGAGAUACAAAAGCAAAAGUGCAAAUACAGUCUGAAAAUGAAGUGAUCAGAAGGAAGAGAUGAAGAAGUGAGAAGUAGAAAUUCAGGACAGAAUACAAGCAUGAUGACACUCGGCCACUCCCCAACCCAAUCGCCUGAAUGGGAAGCAGCCACCAAAAAGGCCAAGUCCCCUAUCCACGUCCCAUCCUCCGACUUGUUUUUAGGCGAGGUAACCCUUGGUUGACCUCACAGAUUGCAAGGACCUUGUCAGCUUAAAAUCUCUUAUUUUAUUUUUUACGCCUACAGCACCUGGUCUUCCUAGGUGGUCUCCCAUCCAAGUACUAACCAGGUCCGACCCUGCUCAGCUUCCGAGACCAGACGGGACCGGGCUUGUUCAGGGUGGCAUGGCCGUAGACCUGACAUGUUUAGCAUUGUCCCCAUUCUGCACCUCCCUGGCACUGGCUGUCAAAUUGAAUGCCCUUGCCAAACACUCCCCAGCCCCAAUGCCAAGGUGUUCCCUCAGAAACAUGGGGCCCUCACUCCAAGGACAAGGACAGAGGACAUAUGCCUUAAGCUGGAGGAAGCCUACUUUUCUUAAUCCCCACUCUCCUCUCUCCAAGUGUACAUACCUAGCUGUCACCUGAACGGCCCUCCAGGCCUCUCCCGGAUCACAACUUGCUGACCUGUACCAUGGGGCUACGACCCACUCUCGGUGGGAGUUCAGAGCUGGUGAAGGCCCACGAGCUCUCCACACGCUCAGGUGCCACUCUCUGAGGCUCCCAUGGGACAUUAAACCUCCGCUAC